UGCAUGAAGCCGCGCGACCCCACGGAGCGGCGGCAGCAGCAACAGCAACAGCAGCAGCGGCGGCGGCGGCAGCAGCGGGAGCGGCGGAGCCCCGAGGCGGCGGCGCUGCGCGGUCCCAGCCAGGCGGUCCCCGGGCCCCGGUGGAUGCGCGGCCGGGGAGGGGCCCAUGGGCCGGAGCUGAGGCUGCCCGGGGCGGCGGCGGCGGCGGCGGCGGCGGCGGCGGCGGGGCGCGGGCCGGGGGGCGCGGUCGAGGCCCGGCGGCGGCGGCGCAGGAGGAAGCGGAGGAGGGCGGGCGCGCCGGGCCCGGGAGGCGACCAGCACCGCGCCACCGCCAGCGCCACCGCCACCGCCGCCGCGGCCCCGGGCUCGCCAUGCUCCUGGCCUCGGCCGUGGUGGUCUGGGAAUGGCUGAACGAGCACGGCCGCUGGCGCCCCUACAGCCCGGCCGUGAGCCACCACAUCGAGGCGGUGGUCCGCGCCGGCCCCCGCGCGGGGGGCAGCGUGGUGCUGGGCCAGGUGGACAGCCGGCUGGCGCCCUACAUCAUCGACCUGCAGUCCAUGAACCAGUUCCGCCAGGACACCGGAACCCUCCGCCCCGUUCGCCGCAACUACUACGACCCGUCGUCGGCGCCCGGGAAGGGCGUGGUGUGGGAGUGGGAGAACGACAACGGGUCCUGGACGCCCUACGACAUGGAGGUGGGCAUCACCAUCCAGCACGCCUACGAGAAGCAGCAGCCCUGGAUCGACCUCACCUCCAUCGGCUUCAGCUACGUCAUUGACUUCAGCACCAUGGGCCAGAUCAACCGGCAGACGCAGCGCCAGCGCCGGGUGCGCCGGCGCCUGGACCUCAUCUACCCACUGGUCACGGGCACGCUGCCCAAAGCCCCGUCGUGGCCGGCCAGCCCGGCCGCGGCCGCCUCGCCCCCUGGGCCGCCCUGCUCCUGCCCGCAGUGCGUGCUGGUGAUGAGCGUCAAGGCGGCCGUGGUCAGCCCCCAGAAGCCCCCCGGCGCCCGCAAGAAUGUGCCCACCGCCGUCAACGUGCCGCUCAAGCUGCCCGCGCCGCCCGGCCCCGGGGCCAAGCCCCUGGACGGCACUGCCACCCUCCGAGGCCCCGUGAAGACGUCCCCCGCGCAGCUGGCCCGGCGACAGAUGUCCAGCGCACCCACGGGGGCGACUGCGGGCUCUCCAGCCAGCCCCCCGGGAGCCAAUGGAAAGCCCGGAAGGGUGGCCCUGGCUACCUUAAAUCGGACCAAUCUGCAGCGACUGGCCAUUGCCCAGUCCCGGGUGCUGAUCGCCUCUGGGGUCCCCACCGUCCCAGUGAAGAACCUCAACGGGUCCAGUCCUGUCAACCCUGCCCUGGCAGGAAUCACGGGGAUCCUCAUGAGUGCAGCAGGGUUGCCCGUGUGCCUCACCAGGCCACCGAAACUGGUCCUCCACCCACCGCCCGUCAGCAAGAGCGAGAUCAAAUCCAUCCCGGGGGUCUCCAACACGAGCCGCAAGACCACCAAGAAACAAGCCAAGAAAGGUAAAACCCCAGAAGAAGUGCUGAAGAAGUAUCUGCAGAAAGUGCGACACCCACCCGAUGAGGACUGCACCAUCUGCAUGGAGCGCCUCACAGCCCCCUCCGGUUACAAGGGCCCACAGCCGACCAUCAAGCCUGACCUAGUUGGAAAGCUGUCCAGAUGCGGCCACAUCUACCACAUCUACUGCCUGGUUGCCAUGUACAACAACGGCAACAAGGAUGGGAGUUUGCAGUGUCCAACCUGUAAGACCAUUUAUGGGGUGAAGACGGGCACCCAGCCCCCCGGGAAGAUGGAGUACCACCUCAUCCCUCACUCUCUGCCUGGUCACCCUGACUGCAAAACUAUCAGGAUCAUCUAUAGCAUCCCUCCUGGCAUUCAGGGACCAGAACACCCAAAUCCCGGGAAGAGUUUCAGCGCCCGUGGCUUCCCAAGACACUGUUAUCUUCCGGACAGCGAGAAAGGGAGAAAAGUUCUGAAACUGCUCCUGGUGGCCUGGGACCGCCGCCUCAUCUUUGCCAUCGGGACUUCCAGCACCACUGGCGAGUCGGACACUGUCAUCUGGAACGAGGUCCACCAUAAGACGGAGUUUGGCUCUAAUCUCACCGGCCACGGCUACCCAGAUGCCAAUUACUUGGAUAACGUGCUGGCCGAGCUGGCCGCCCAGGGCAUCUCCGAGGACAGCAUGGCCCAGGAGAAGGACUGAACUGGAGGGGCUCUGGGAACCGCUGGGCAGGAUGUGGGAGAAGCCAAGCUGGAAGGGGGUGCCGUGAUCCCGCCCCUAUCGCCCCCCCCAGCCCC